UUCUCCAGAGUGCUAAUGCUGCUGUCACAUCCAGUGAUUGAAAUGCCUGAAAAUUCUAUGCAAAACAUUAGGGACUUUUGACUAAAUCCUAGAAAGUUUUUUUCUCCUGGGAGCUAAAGACAUUUAGAGAAGAGUUAAACUUUCACUUUUACAAUUAGGCGUUUUCUAGCAGGAAGAGCCAUGCAGCUAGAGCUCUCUACCUACUUCUUUCUGUGCCUUUUGCCCUUCAGUUUUAGUGCCACUAGAAGAUACUAUCUGGCUGCUGUGGAACUGCCCUGGGACUAUCUGCAAAGUGACCUGCUCAGUGAGCUGCAUGUGCACACAAGAUUUCCUCCUGAAAUACCAAGAUCUUUUCCAUUCAACUCCUCAGUCAUGUACAAAAAGACUGUGUUUGUAGAGUUCACAGAUGACCUUUUCAACAUUGCCAAGCCCAGGCCACCCUGGAUGGGUCUGCUGGGUCCUACCAUCUGGGCGGAGGUGUAUGACACAGUGGUCAUUACACUUAAGAACAUGGCUUCUCAUCCUGUCAGUCUUCAUGCUGUCGGAGUAUCUUACUGGAAAGCAUCUGAGGGAGCUGAAUAUGAUGAUCAGACCAGCCAAAGGGAGAAAGAAGAUGAUAAAAUCUUCCCUGGUGAGAGCCAUACUUACAUCUGGCAGGUCUCAACAGAGAAUGGUCCAAUGACCUCUGACCCACAAUGUCUCACCUACUCAUAUUUUUCUCAUGUGGAUCUGGUGAAAGAUCUGAAUUCAGGACUCAUUGGAGCUCUGCUGGUAUGUAAAGAAGGGAGUCUGACCAAAGAAAGGACACAGAACUUGCACCAGUUUGUACUACUUUUUGCUGUAUUUGAUGAAGGAAAGAGUUGGCACUCAGAAACAAAGAGCCUUAGGACACAGGCUUCAGAUUCUGCAUCUGCUGGGGAUUGGCCUAGAAUGCACACAGUCAAUGGCUAUGUAAACAGGUCUCUGCCAGGUCUGAUUGGGUGCCACAGGAAAUCAGUCUACUGGCAUGUGAUUGGAGUGGGCACCACCCCUGAAGUCCAUUCAGUAUUCUUUGAAGGCCACACAUUUCUUGUGAGGAACCAUCGCCAGGCCUCCUUGGAGAUAUCACCAAUAACUUUUCUUACUGCUCAGACACUGUUGAUGGACCUUGGACAAUUUCUACUGUAUUGUCAUAUAUCUUCCCAUCAACAUGAUGGCAUGGAAGCUUAUGUGAAAGUACACAGCUGCCCAGAAGAACCCCACCUGAGGACAAAAAAGGUCGAAGAAGAGGAAGAUUAUGAUGAUGAUGAUGAUCUUGAUUCUGAAAUGGAUGUAUUUAGGUUUGAUGAUGACCACUCUCCCUUUAUCCAAAUUCGCUCAGCUGCUAAGAAGCACCCUAAAACGUGGAUACAUUAUAUUGCUGCUGAGGAGGAGGACUGGGACUAUGCUCCCUCAGUCCACACCUCCAAUGACAGAAGUUAUAAAAGUCAAUAUUUGAACAAUGGUCCUCAGCGAAUUGGUAAGAAGUAUAAAAAAGUCCGAUUUAUGGCGUACACAGAUGAAACCUUUAAGACCCGGGAAACUAUUCAGUAUGAAUCAGGAAUCUUGGGACCUCUACUUUAUGGUGAAGUUGGAGACACACUGUUGAUUAUAUUUAAGAAUCAAGCAAGCCGACCAUAUAACAUCUACCCUCAUGGAAUAACUGUUGUCAGUCCUUUGCACUCAAGGAGAUUGCCAAAAGGUAUAAAACAUUUGAAGGAUUUGCCAAUUCUGCCAGGCGAAAUAUUCAAGUAUAAAUGGACAGUGACUGUAGCAGAUGGGCCAACGAAAUCAGAUCCUCGGUGCUUAACCAGAUAUUACUCCAGUUUCCUUAAUCUGGAGAGAGAUCUAGCUUCAGGACUCAUUGGGCCUCUCCUCAUCUGUUACAAAGAAUCUGUAGAUCAAAGAGGAAAUCAGAUUAUGUCAGACAAGAGAAAUGUCGUCCUGUUUUCUGUAUUUGAUGAGAACCGAAGCUGGUACCUCACAGAAAAUAUGCAGCGCUUCCUCCCAAAUGUAGCUGGAGUGCAGGCCCAGGAUCCAGAGUUCCAAGCCUCCAACAUAAUGUACAGCAUCAAUGGUUACAUUUUUGGUAGCUUGCAGUUGUCUGUUUGUUUGCAUGAGGUGGCAUACUGGCACAUUCUAAGUGUUGGAGCCCAGACUGACUUCUUAUCUGUCUUCUUCUCUGGAUAUACCUUCAAGCACAAAAUGGUCUAUGAAGACACACUCACCCUAUUCCCAUUCUCAGGGGAAACUGUCUUCAUGUCGAUGGAAAACCCAGGUCUAUGGGUUCUGGGGUGCCAUAACUCAGAUUUUCGGAACAGAGGCAUGACAGCCUUACUGAAGGUUUCUAGCUGUAGCAGGAGCACUGGUGAUUAUUAUGAGGACACAUAUGAAGAUAUUCCAACAUACUUGCUGAGUGAUAUCAUUGAACCCAGAAGCUUCUCCCAGAAUUCAAGGCAACCUAGCACCAGGCAAAAGCAAUUCACGGCCACCACAAUUCCAGAAAAUGACACAGAGAAGACUAAUCCUCAGUUUGGGGAGAGAACAAAGAUGGUUAAAGUACACAAUCUUUUCUCCAGUGAUUUGUCCAUGUUCUUGGAACAGAGUCCAGCUCCACAUAGGUUAUCCUUAUCUGAUUAUUUACCUGAAGCAAGAGACAAUAAUGAAGGUCCAUCUAAAGUGGUACACUUAAGGCCAGAGCUCUAUCAAAGUGGAGAUACUGGAUUUACUCCCGAACCAAGCCUCCAAUUAAGAGUGAAUGAGAAUUUGGGAACAACUAUAGCAGUAGAGUUAAAAAAACUUGAUAUAAAAGUUUCUAGUUCACCAAAUAAUUUAAUGGUUUCACCAACAAUUCUAGCAGACCACUUGGCAGCAAGUCCUGAAGAGACAAGUUCCUUAGGAUCCCCAAAUAUGCCAGGUAGUAGUCAAUUAAGCACCAGUGUAUUUGGCAAAAAGUCACCUCCCCCUAUUGGGUCUGGUGUACCUCUGAGCUUGAGUGAAAGAAAUAAUGAAUCCAAGUUGUUAAAAGGAGUGUUAGUGAAUAUUCAAGAAAGUUCACUAGGAAAAAAUAUGUUAUCGAUGGAGAAUAAUAUGUCGCUGAAACAGAAAACAGCUCAGGGACCUGAUUUGUUGAUCAAAGAUAAUGUUUUAUUCAAAGUUAAUAUCUCUUUGAUAAAGAUAAACACGACAUCUAACUAUUCAACAUCUAAUCAAAAAACUCACAUUGAUAGACCAACAUUAUUAAUUGAAAAUAGCACAUCAGUCUGGCAAGAUACUAUAUUAGAAAGAGAUACUGAGUUUCAAAAAAUGACCUCUUUGAUUCAUGAUGAAGUGCUUAUGGACAACAAUACUACAGCUUUAAGGCUAAAUCAUAUAUCAAAUAAAACUAUUUCAUCAAAAAAUAUGGAAAUAGUUGAUCAAAAACAAGCAGGUCUUGUGCCAUCAGAUAAAGAAAAUCCAGAUAUGUUAUUUUUCAGGAUGCUAUGCUUGCCAGAGCCAGCAAAUUGGGAAAAAAGGACCAAUGGAAAGAAUUCCCUGAACUCAGGGCAAGGGCCUAGUCCAAAGCAAUUAUUAUCCUUAGGGAUGGAAUUGACUGGAGAAGAACCUAGUUUCUUGCCAGACAAGAAUAAAGUGGUAGUAGAAGAUAAAUUUACAAAGGACAUAGGACCCAGAGAGCUUAUUCCAAACAACAAGAGCAUAUUGCUUACUAACUUGGCUAAUGCAAAAGAAAAUGAUACACACAAUCACCAAAAAACAAUUCAGGAAGAGAUAAAAAGGAAGGAAGAAUUAAUCCAAGAGAAUGUAGUUUUGCCUCAGGUGCAUACAGUGACUGGCACUAAGAAUUUCCUGAAGAAACUUUUCUUACUGAGUACUAGACAAAACAUAAGUUUAGAUGAGGAGAUAUAUGCACCAACACCUCCAGAUACCAACUUAUUGAACAGUUCAACAAAUGGGACAAAGAUUCACAAGGCUCAUUUCUCACAAAGAAGGGAAGAAAAGGAAACACACCAGGAAAGCUUGAGAAAUCAAACCAAGCAAAUAAUUGACAAAUAUCUAAGUACUGUAGGGAUGUUUCCUAAUCCCAGCCAGAACAAUAUUACUGUCCAACGUGGUAAGCGUUCUUUGAAACAAUUCAGAUUCCCACUAGAAGAAGCAGAGGUUGAAAAGGGACUAAUUGUGGCUGACACUUCAACACAAAGGUCCAAAAACAUGAAAUAUUUGACCCAGAUAUAUUACAAAGAGAAAGGAGGAAAGGCCAUUCCUCAGUCUCCUCUAUCAGAGUUUCCUGUGAAGAAUCAUAGCGUCAAUCAGAGAAAGAGCUUUGCAUCACCCAUUGCAAAGAUAUCAGCAGCUCCAUUCAUUAGACCUACAGAUCUGACACGGACCUCAUCUCAAGGCAGCUCUUCUCAUUUUCUAGCAUUAACCUAUAAUUAUAGCCUUAAGGCAAAAAGUGCAAUGGCCCAAGAAGACAGUCAUUUCUUACAAGUACCCAAAGUAAAUAACCUUUCUUUAGCUAUCCUACCCUUGGAGAUAAUCAGAAAUCAAGGCAAGGUUGGUUCCUUGGGGACAAGUGCCACAAACUCAGUUGCUUACAAGAAACUGGAAAACACUGUUCUCCUAAAACCAAUCUUGCCUGAAGCAUUUGGCAAAAUUGAAUUGCUUCCUAAAGUUCCCAUUCAUCAUGAAGACCUUUUACCUACUGAAACUACCCAUAAGUCUCCUGUUCACCUGGAUCACACUGGAGAGAUUCCUCUUCAGACAACAGCAAGAACUAUAAAAUGGAAUAAGACAAAUGGACCUGAAAAAGUGUCCUUUCUGAAAGGUGCAACAGAAAGCUCUGAAAAGAUGAACUCCAAGCUGCUGGGUCCUCUUGUUUUAGGGAAUCAGUAUGCUACCCAGAUGCCAAAAGAUAAGUGGAGAUCCCAAGAGAAGUCACCAAAAAAUACAGUUUUUAAGAAAAAGGACACCAUUUUGUCUCUGAUCCCCAGUGAAAGCAAUUGUACAGUAGUAGCAAUAAAUGAUGGGCAGAAUAGGCUCCAAGGAGAAGCCAUUUGGGCAAAGCAAGGAGAGCUUGGAAAGCUGUGCUCUCCAAACCCACUUGUCUUGAAGCGUCAUCGAAGGGAAAUAACCUCUAUUACUCUUCAGUCAGAACAAGAAGACAUUUACUAUGAUGAUGCCAUCUCAAGUGAAAACAAGAGAGAUUUUGAGAUUUAUGGUGAGGAUGAAAAUCAAGGUCCCCGCAGCUUUCAAAAGAGAACUCGACACUAUUUUAUUGCAGCAGUGGAGCGGCUCUGGGACUAUGGGAUGAGUAGGAUACCCAGUGUGCUAAGAAACAGGGGUCCGAGUGGCAGUGCCUAUCAGUUCAAGAAAGUAGUUUUCCAGGAAUUUACUGAUGGUUCUUUCACUCAACCUUUAUACCGUGGAGAACUAAAUGAACACUUGGGACUCUUGGGGCCAUACAUAAGAGCAGAAGUUGAAGACAAUAUUGUGGUAACUUUCAAAAACCAGGCCUCUCGUCCCUACUCCUUCUAUUCAAGCCUCAUUUCUUACAAUGAAGAUCAGAAACAAGAAGCAGAACCUAGAAAAAAUUUUGUCAAGCCUAAUGAAACCAAAAUUUACUUUUGGGAAGUGCAGCAACAUAUGGCACCCACUAAGGAUGAAUUUGACUGCAAAGCCUGGGCUUAUUUCUCUGAUGUUGAUCUGGAAAAAGAUAUGCACGCAGGCUUGAUUGGACCCCUUCUGAUCUGCCACAGGAAUACACUGAGCCCUGCUCAUGGGAGACAAGUGACAGUGCAGGAAUUUGCUUUGCUUUUCACUAUCUUUGAUGAGACCAAGAGCUGGUACUUUACUGAAAACAUGGAAAGGAAUUGCAAGUCACCCUGCAAUAUCCAAAUGGAAGAUCCCACUUUUAAAGAGAAUUAUCGCUUCCAUGCAAUCAAUGGCUAUGUGAUGGACACCCUACCUGGCCUAGUAAUGGCUCAGGACCAAAGGACUCGAUGGUAUUUGCUCAGCAUGGGCAGCAAUGAAAACAUCCAUUCGAUCCAUUUCAGUGGACAUGUGUUCACUGUACGAAAAAAAGAAGAGUAUAAAAUGGCAGUUUACAACCUUUAUCCAGGUGCUUUUGAGACAGUGGAAAUGCUAUCAUCCAGAGCUGGAAUUUGGCGAGUAGAAUGCCUCAUUGGCGAGCACUUGCAUGCUGGGAUGAGCACCCUUUUCCUGGUGUACAGCAAGCAGUGUCAGAUUCCUCUGGGAAUGGCUUCUGGACACAUUAGAGAUUUUCAGAUUACAGCUUCAGGACAAUAUGGACAGUGGGCCCCAAAGCUGGCCAGACUUCAUUACUCUGGAUUGAUCAAUGCCUGGAGUACCAAAGAACCUUUUUCCUGGAUCAAGGUGGAUCUGUUGACACCAAUGAUCAUUCACGGAAUCAAAACCCAGGGUGCCCGUCAGAAGUUCUCCAGCCUCUAUAUUUCUCAAUUUAUCAUCAUGUAUAGUCUUGAUGGGAAGAAGUGGCUGACCUAUCGUGGGAAUUCCACUGGGACCUUAAUGGUCUUCUUUGGCAAUGUGGAUUCAUCUGGAGUAAAACACAAUAUUUUUAAUCCUCCAAUUAUUGCACAGUACAUCCGUUUGCACCCAACCCAUUACAACAUUCGCAGCACUCUUCGCCUGGAGUUGAUGGGCUGUGACUUAAACAGUUGCAGCAUACCACUGGGAAUGGAGAGUAAAUUAAUAUCAGAUGCACAGAUUACUGCCUCGUCCUACUUCACCAAUAAGUUUUCUACCUGGUCUCCUUCACAAGCCCGGCUUCACCUCCAGGGGAGGACUAAUGCCUGGAGACCUCAGGUGAAUAACCCAAAAGAGUGGCUGCAAGUGGACUUUCAGAAGACAGUGAAAGUCACUGGAAUAAUCACCCAAGGAGUGAAAUCUCUCCUGACCAGCAUGUUUGUAAAGGAGUUCCUCAUCUCCAGCAGUCAAGAUGGCCAUCACUGGACUCUCUUUUUACAAAAUGGCAAAAUAAAGGUUUUUCAGGGAAAUCAAGACUCCUUCACACCUGUGGUGAACUCUCUAGACCCCCCACUAAUGACUCGCUACCUGAGAAUUCACCCCCAGAGCUGGGCACACCAGAUUGCCCUAAGGCUGGAGGUUCUGGGCUGUGAGGCCCAGCAGUUCUACUGAGGGACACUUCGCCUUCCUUCUCAGCUCCGAGACAUUCCCCGACUCCAGACCAUCGCUCCUGUCCAGCUUCCAAGCUGCGUAUCACCCCACACUGUCUAGAGUACCAUAAUUUGUUAUGAAUUUAUGUAUAGUCCCAGCAGACAUUUCCCUGAAGCUUCCCAAAAUGUUAAUCUUGCAUCUCCUGACGUUAGCACUCAUAAAACCACAACUUCCUCUGUUGUAGGAAGAUGGCAUGUUGAAAGUUGCCAGAAGAUAUUCGUGAUGUAAACAUUUCACAUUAGGCGUCAUACAUUUGAAAUGAGAUUAUGACUUGUUUAUUUUCCUGAUCAAGCAUGGAAGGAAACAUGUUUUGGGAUCAUAUCAACACACUCUUGAUAUCAAAAGGCAAGUCAUUUUCACAGUCUGCAAAAUGGAGAUAAGAGCUACUACACUGAAGUCUGUUUGGCUAAAUUUAGUAUCAGAAGGAUAUCUAUAUAAAACCCUUUUGUCUUAAUUUUUUAAUUUUUAAAAAACUUUGUGUUUUUCUGUUAUCUUUUUGGGGUUUGUCUUAGUUCCAAUCAACAAAAAUGGGUGAAGAAUGUAAAAUUAUUGGGAACACUGAGGUGAAACGAGUAUCUUCAUAAAAUUUGUGGUGAACUGCUUCUCAGCCUUUUGGCUAAGAUCAAGAAUAAAAUUUGUGGUGACCAAGAAAAUUAAUGGAAAUAAUAGAGUCCUAAAAACCAUAUUUUCAGUAUUUCUAUGGAAAAAUGAGGGAAAUCCAUGGGUGUCUGGGACAGAAGAUAUAAACUUUGUAAUUCCAACAAUGCCUUCAUCCCCCCCCCAAAUAACACAACAGCAAUGUAAUGGGAAAUUUUGUAUCAUGACUAAAAACCACUUACAGAGAUCCAAUUUUAACCACUCUUGUACAGAACUUAAUGAUCUUAUUUUGAUAUUUUUUCCCCAUUGACUAUACAUCUCUACUUCUGUAAUGCCUUGGAAAUCAGUUCUUUUGCAUUCCUGCUGGUUUCUUUAGUAAUGAGUUAAUAAAGCA